ACAGGGGUGGAUGCAAUACCGCCCUCCUCCUGCCACCAGCAGCUCCUGGGCGGCGGAGGCAGCAUCCUCAGCAGCAGCAGCUUCACCUGCACUUGGGCAGCCUGGACCCUCGUGCCCUGCCCCCGGGGCCUCGCGCGGAAAGCGCCCCCCGUUACCCCCAACGGACCGGGUGGAAGAGGAAGAGGAGAAGGAGGAAAACGAAAACCACCACGACACAGGACGCAGUACUGGGCUGCCCUAUCUCUCCAGAGAGUGUGGAAGGGGACUGGGGGCAAUUAUGGGGGGCUGCGAGGUCCGAGGUUUUCUUUUGCAAUUUGGCCUGUUCUUCCCUCUGUUGACAGCUUUACCCGCUGACUGCAGUCACGUCUCCAACAACCAAGUUGUCUUGCUCGAUACAACAACUGUUCUUGGAGAGCUAGGAUGGAAAACAUAUCCAUUAAAUGGGUGGGAUGCCAUCACUGAAAUGGAUGAACAUAACCGACCCAUUCACACUUACCAGGUAUGCAACGUAAUGGAACCAAAUCAAAACAACUGGCUUCGGACAAACUGGAUUUCUCGAGAUGCAGCCCAGAAGAUCUAUGUGGAAAUGAAGUUUACUUUGAGAGAUUGCAACAGCAUUCCCUGGGUCUUGGGAACUUGUAAAGAAACUUUUAAUCUCUUCUACAUGGAAUCUGAUGAGUCUCAUGGAGUUAAAUUCAGGCCAAGCCAAUAUACUAAAAUUGAUACUAUUGCUGCUGAUGAGAGUUUUACCCAGAUGGAUUUGGGUGAUCGCAUCCUUAAGCUGAACACUGAAGUUCGUGAGGUGGGACCAAUUAACAGGAAAGGAUUUUUUCUUGCUUUUCAGGACAUUGGAGCAUGUAUUGCUCUUGUUUCUGUCCGUGUUUUCUACAAAAAGUGCCCUUUCACUGUCCGUAACUUGGCUAUGUUUCCUGAUACUAUUCCAAGGGUUGAUUCUUCCUCUUUGGUGGAAGUUCGGGGUUCCUGUGUUAAGAGUGCUGAAGAGCGGGACACUCCAAAGUUAUAUUGUGGAGCUGAUGGAGAUUGGCUAGUUCCUCUGGGACGGUGUAUCUGCAGUGUAGGAUAUGAGGAAGUAGAUGGUUCCUGCCAUGCUUGCAGACCAGGAUUCUAUAAAGCAUUUGCUGGGAACAUCAAGUGCUCUAAGUGCCCUCCACACAGUUUAACCUAUAUGGAAGCAACAUCUGUCUGCCAGUGUGAAAAGGGUUACUUCCGAGCCGAAAAAGACCCACCUUCUAUGGCAUGUACCAGACCACCUUCAGCUCCAAGGAAUGUGAUUUUUAACAUCAAUGAAACAGCUCUUAUUUUGGAGUGGAGUCCACCAAGUGACACAGGAGGAAGGAAGGAUCUCACAUAUAGUGUUAUCUGUAAGAAGUGUGGAUUAGAUGCAAAUCAGUGUGAGGUCUGUGGAGGAGGAAUCCGCUUCAUCCCAAGACAUACUGGUCUUACCAAUUCCUCUGUGACUGUGGUUGACUUUGUGUCUCAUGUGAAUUACACCUUUGAAAUAGAAGCCAUGAAUGGUGUUUCUGAGUUGAGUUUUUCUCCAAAGCCAUUCACAGCUAUCACAGUGACUACAGAUCAAGAUGCACCAUCCCUGAUAGGUAAUGUAAGGAAGGACUGGGCAUCCCAAAAUAGCAUUGCCCUCUCAUGGCAAGCACCUGAGUUUUCCAAUGGAGCCAUUCUGGACUACGAGAUCAAGUACUAUGAGAAAGUCUACCCACGGAUAGCGCCGGCAUUUUGGCACUACCUGAGGGUAGAAGAGCAUGAACAACUCAGCUAUUCUUCUACAAGGUCCAAGGCCCCCAGUGUUAUCAUCACAGGUCUCAAGCCAGCCACCAAAUACAUAUUUCACAUCCGAGUGAGGACUGCAGCAGGAUACAGUGGCUACAGUCAGAAGUUCGAAUUUGAAACAGGAGAUGAAACUUCUGACAUAGCAGCAGAGCAAGGGCAGAUUCUUGUAAUAGCUACUGCAGCAGUGGGUGGAUUCACUCUUCUGGUUAUCCUCACCUUGUUCUUCUUAAUCACUGGAAGGUGCCAGUGGUACAUAAAGGCCAAAAUGAAGUCUGAAGAGAAAAGAAGAAAUCACUUACAAAAUGGACACUUACGCUUCCCAGGAAUCAAAACCUACAUUGAUCCAGAUACAUAUGAAGACCCAUCUCUAGCAGUGCAUGAAUUUGCAAAGGAAAUAGAUCCUUCGAGGAUUCGCAUUGAGAGAGUUAUUGGGGCAGGUGAAUUUGGAGAAGUUUGCAGUGGACGUUUGAAAACACCAGGGAAAAGAGAGAUCCCAGUUGCCAUCAAAACUUUGAAAGGUGGUCACAUGGACAGGCAAAGAAGGGAUUUUCUAAGAGAAGCUAGUAUCAUGGGACAAUUUGACCACCCAAACAUCAUUCGCCUGGAAGGUGUUGUCACAAAAAGAUCCUUCCCAUCCAUUGGUGUGGAGGCGUUAUGUCCCAGCUUCUUGAGGACCGGCUUCUUAAAUAACAUCCCAGCUCCGCAUCCAGUUUCAGGGGGAGGAUCUUUACCCCCCAGGAUUCCUACUGGCAGGCCAGUAAUGAUUGUGGUUGAAUAUAUGGAGAAUGGAUCCCUGGACUCCUUUCUACGGAAACAUGAUGGCCACUUCACCGUUAUUCAGUUAGUUGGUAUGCUUCGAGGGAUUGCAUCUGGUAUGAAGUACCUUUCUGAUAUGGGUUAUGUGCAUCGAGAUCUCGCAGCUCGAAAUAUACUAGUCAACAGCAACUUAGUAUGCAAAGUAUCUGAUUUUGGUCUCUCUCGAGUACUAGAAGAUGACCCAGAAGCUGCUUAUACAACAACUGGUGGAAAAAUUCCCAUAAGAUGGACAGCCCCAGAAGCUAUUGCCUACAGGAAGUUUUCAUCAGCUAGUGAUGCAUGGAGCUAUGGCAUUGUUAUGUGGGAGGUGAUGUCCUAUGGAGAAAGACCUUACUGGGAAAUGUCCAACCAAGAUGUAAUUCUGUCCAUUGAGGAAGGCUACAGACUCCCUGCUCCAAUGGGCUGCCCGGCAUCUCUCCACCAGCUGAUGCUCCACUGCUGGCAGAAAGAGAGAAAUCACCGACCAAAAUUUACUGAUAUUGUCAGCUUCUUAGACAAACUGAUCCGAAAUCCCAGUACCCUUCAUACUCUGGUGGAGGACAUACUUGUAAUGCCAGAUUCACCUGGUGAAGUCCCAGAAUAUCCUUUGUUUGUUUCAGUCAGUGAUUGGCUGGAUUCAAUUAAAAUGGGCCAAUAUAAGAAUAACUUUAUGGCAGCCGGGUUUACAACUUUGGAUUUGAUUUCAAGAAUGAGCAUUGAUGAUAUUAGAAGAAUUGGGGUCGUACUCAUUGGACACCAGAGAAGAAUAGUGAGCAGCAUACAGACUUUACGUUUACACAUGAUGCACAUACAGGAGAAGGGAUUUCACGUAUGAAAGUUCUAGAAACAACUGUGUUUUGUGCCUCAGCAUUUCUAAAAUGGAAGAUAUUCUCUCUCCUUUCUCCCUUCUGAUUCUCCCAACUUCACAAACUACAAUCUUCUGUUCAGACUAUGAACCCAUUUUAUGUUUAUGCUUCCAACUUGGAUUUUUAAUCACACUGCAUAGUUCUUCCUUCAAUUACUUGCCAAUACACUGGCCCACUGCAGACUGUCGCUACACACUGGUAAAUAACUCAGCAUGGAUAUGUAACUUUGUAUAACCAUAUUGGGGAAAUGGUCCUAAAAGCAAUAGCCCAUUUGCCCAGGUGUGGCUUCUUAAUUGAUGUACUUACAAUUCAGUGGUAGAUGGGAAAAAAAAGUAAUUGACUUCUUUUCGUGUUUUGUGAUCAUGUAGUUUUCAAUUUGACAUAAAUAUUUAUUUUAUAGUUAACUAAAUUUAACUGUAUGGGUCAUACCUUAUUUUAUCAUAGUUUAACUGCUGGUAACUAGUACCUGAUCAUGCUAGGAUUCUUUGCAUAAGUGACCAAUAAUUUCAUAUAGUAAAUUCUUGUUAUUUGUAGGUAUUUGGGGGGAGGGGGAAGGGAGAGAAAAAAAAUGUGCUUCUAAAUCCUCCGAGGCCCUGAGUUUAGCUUUCUUUUUUUAAUCAGCAUCCAACACUGCUAUAUCAUUUAUUGUUUGUUGUAGUUUGUUAGCCAUUUUCCCUUUGAUUUUUAAUAAGUAUAUUAUGAAAAUCAUCUCUGGAAAAUCUAUGAGCAUAUGGCACUAAUAACUUCCAUGUAGGUUGAGAGAGAGAAACAUAGGGGAACAUAUAAUUAAAAUAUUGCCUUGGGUUUACCUUUAGAAGUUUGGGGGGGGGGGAGAAAAUCAUUAUCAGAGGAGGAAAGGAAUUAAUUAUUCUUUGUUUAAAUACCUUGAAUGAGAUAUAAAUGACAUUCCUAAAAUUUAGAAUUAUUUUAUACCAACACAGAAGUCUAUGCAGAUAGAUGAUACCAAACUGAUUAUUACUAAUUAACAUGACAAGACUUUGAGAUUUUUUAUCAUUUAUUCCAAAAAAAGAUUACAUGAUCAUGGCCAGCCAUAUUUUCAGAACCUUACAUGAUACAAGUAUGCUUUUCUGCCUCAAAGGGAGCAUGUCCAGGUUUAUCCAGGUGCUCAUAUGCAAAUUAAAUGUCAAUCUGUGUACUUUGGGAGGGAUAGUAAUGAGGAGACCCAUGGCUAGAAUAUACCAACCUUGUCAUAUUCUGAAUACUUUCGAACAUAAAUGCACCCCCAAAAAAAGCUUAUGCAAUACAUUUCUCAGUGGCUUAAAGCUCAUUCACCUUACUGUUAUAGGCCUAGCACCCCAAAAGUUGUCUGGGGCCAUUAAAGAACCUUCUCCUUGAGAAACUAAACCAAAGGACAGACACACCUAAAGCGAUAAGUGGAACAGGAUUGGGACUGAGCUAGUUACAGGACCACCACCCUUCAUUCCAGUCUCCUCCACCCCUGGGGAGAUAAGAUUAGGUGUGGCUGCUGCCUUUGUGGUGGGAGGAGGAGAGAGAUGGCUAGAGAGAUCCACAGCCA